AUGUCAGGACAUCACCGCAUCACCCUCGCUGCCAAUCCCCCCUACUUCGAUGGCAACAAGUCCAAGUACCUGGGCUUUGUGGACGCGUGCACCACUUACAUCAGUGCCUAUCGGUCAGAGUUCUCGCUGGACAAAACAAAAAUCCUCUUCGUCCUGUCCUACCUCCGUAAUGAGAGUGGCACAAGCUGCACCGCCUCGAGAUGGGCGAUGAACUGGAAGCAACACAACUUCGAGGGCUUCCAAGGACUAAAGGCGGGAGUCACCACGACAAGCUUCUUGGAGGAGCUCCAGAGGGCCUUUGGGGAUUCUAACGCAGAGCAAGUCGCUGCCGCCCAACUCAUGGCCCUUCGCCAGGGCAGAUAG